AUGGUGGCGCACAAGUUCCAGUAUGAUCACAACAUGUCGGACCAGCCCCUCCGCGUCUGCCUCGUGGGCUCUGGCAACUGGGCAUGCGCGAUCGCGCGGAUCAUCGGCGAGAACACCGUCUUGAACGACUCCGUGUUUGAGCCCAAGAUCAACAUGUGGGUGUUCGAGGAGCUCGUCCGUGGCCGCAAAUUGACCGAUAUCAUCAAUCAAGAGCACGAGAACAUCAAGUAUCUCCCUGGGCACAAGCUCCCUUCGAAUGUCGUGGCCAUUGCUGACCUCAAGGAAGCCGCUCGUGGUGCAGACAUUCUCGUGUUUUGCCUCCCACAUCAGUUCUUGCCACGUCUGCUGCCUGACGUCCGCGCCAUACUGAAGCCCGGCGCGUUUGCAGUGUCGCUCAUCAAAGGCAUCGAUUUCAACGAAAACGGAGGGAUUGUCCUCGUGUCCGACAUCAUCCGCGACGGCCUUGGAAUCGAUUGUAGUGUGCUCAUGGGGGCGAACGUAGCCAACGAAGUCGCGGCCGGCGACUUUUGCGAGUCCACAUUGGGCACGCUUCAUCUUCAUCACGGCGACAUCCUUCGCCAACUCUUCCACGCGCCGACAUUCCAUGUCAAUAUUGUCCUGGACCCGCACGGCGUCGAGCUGUGCGGCGCCCUGAAAAACGUGGUGGCGCUCGGCGCGGGCUUUUGCGACGGCCUCGGCAAUCAUUCGGCUCGGGCUGAUUGA